AUGGUUGGUACAGAUGGAAUACGAACGAUCGUUGGAGUGAUCGGAAAUGUCAUUUCUCUCUUCCUCUUUCUCUCCCCAGUGCCAACAUUAUUCAAAAUAUGUAAAUCAAAAUCAGUGCAAGAGUUCAAGCCAUAUCCGUACGUUGCAACUGUGCUGAAUUGUGCAAUGUGGAUUUUCUAUGGUCUCCCCGUCGUCCAUCCGGAUAGCAUUCUUGUAGUCACAAUCAAUGGUGUCGGUUUGUUAAUCGAGAUUGUCUACGUUCUCAUCUUUUUAACAUAUUCUAAUUGGCCAAAGCGUAAGAAGAUUCUUAUUGCUCUUUUGGUUGAAGUAAUCUUCAUGGCCAUUGUAGUCUUCAUUACCAUGACAUUUUUGCAUACUACAAAGGCAAGAUCGACGCUCGUUGGCUUAUUGUGUAUUGUCUUCAAUAUAAUUAUGUACACCUCACCAUUGACGGUCAUGCGUUCAGUCAUCAAGACGAAGAGUGUGAAAUUCAUGCCAUUUUACUUGUCAUUAGCUAACUUUUGCAAUGGUCUAGUUUGGUUAAUCUAUGCACUCCUCAAGUUCGAUCCCUACAUCACGAUUCCCAAUGGUUUGGGAGCGCUAUCAGGAGCCAUUCAACUCAUAUUGUACGCAACUUACUACAAAACGACCAAUUGGGACGAUGAUGGUCCAUUGGAGUCUUCUGAGGUUCAACUGUCCAACAGGAACAUUCCAUAAUCCAAGCUUCUUGCUCUUAUGACACUAUCCAAGUUUCUACUAACUUAGCAGGCAUAACAUUAUUGAGAAACAACAGGGGGAAAAAAAAAAGAAGCAAAAGAAUAAAGAAUAAAUAAAAAGAGAAUAAGAAGGAGAAAGACAAAACUUUGGUUUGGCCUGAUAAGCUAUAUACUGAGCGAUCUUCUAUAUUGUAAUGAUCCUCUCCAAGUUAGUGAAACAAAUCCGUUUUUUUUUUUUUCUUUUUUUUUUCCCCUCAUGAUAUUGAUUAUAGUAUUUUUGUUGUAUUUGAAACAAUGGGGCUAUUCAGUUAGCCAAGGCCUUGUGUCUUACCAGGGGGUUAGGGUUGUGCUCUCCUCACUUGUGUGAGUGGGUUUUUGUUGUGUAAUUGUUGGAUUUGUGAAAUGCUAUAAAUGUA